AUGUUGCCUUAUAUAAUACCCUUGCUAGCUGGCCUCACCAUACCAGUCGCCGCAACCGCAGCAGGACCAGCAGCAUGCACAAAAAUAGCAACAGAACUAGGCUCGGCCAAAGUCAACGCUAACCAACUGAGCUCGAACUAUACCAACAGCCUCGAAUACUGGAACACAAUCCAGGACGAGUACAAACCAUCCUGCAUUGUCUUCCCCAGUUCGGCGCAAGAUGUCUCAGUCUCUCUCAAAGCCAUUCGCGCCGCAGGAAGCCGCUUCGCAAUCAAAGCCGGCGGCCACAAUCCCAACACAUUCUUCUCCUCCGUCCAGGCGGGUGUCUUGCUAGAUCUGAGCAGCAUGACCGCCAAAUCUUACGACCCGGAGACUACCCUGGCAACCUACGAGCCAGGCGGCGUCUUCGGCGAUGUAUACGAGUACUUCGCUCAAUGGAAUCGCACUGUCGUCGGCGCCCGUCUAGCAGGUGUAGGAACAGGUCUCGCCCUAGGCGGUGGAAUGAGCUACCUAUCCCCGCAAUACGGACUUGCUUGCGAUUCCUUCCGUGAACUCGAGAUCGUGCUACCUGACGGCCAAAUCGUGAAGGCAUCGGACAAGGAGAACCCGGAUCUCUUCUUUGCAUCGCGCGGUGGAGGCGGAAAUGCCUACGGCGUUGUGACAAAGUACACAGUUCAGAGCCGACCGAUUGGCGAAUUCUGGGCUGGCAACUUGAUCUACGUUGCCGAUCAACGGGACUCAGUUAUUGAGGCGAUUGGGAACUUCAUUCAAUAUAAUACCGACCCCAAGGCCGCGAUUAUCGGUACUUAUGAGAAACUGCCGUUACCGGAUUUGAAUCUUAAUCUCGAUGAGGCAAUUCUCAUGUUCCUUGUUUAUGAUGGGCCGAAUCCGGGUGACGCGUUCAAGAAUUUUACUGAUAUCAAGGCUUUGAUUGAUACGACAGGUAUCAAGAGUUACAACGAAGUCGUCAAUAUGCCUGUCCCGAUGUCGACGGAGAUUUCCCGUGGUGCGAACAUGUUCCGCGUCGGCGUUCAUCGUCCAGAAAACAAUUCGUAUGAAAAUGCGCUCGAUAAGUGGCGGACCUGGGCUGAAGACAACAAGGGGAGCUACGAGCUUCUUUCAAUCGAUUUCCAGCCCAUUCCGAAGAGUCUUACGGAUGCUAGUAAGGCUCAGGGUGGAAAUGCGAUGCAAAUGCCUGAUGGACCGUACUUUUGGUUGAAUUAUCUCAUUACAACGCCGUCUGGAAUGACUGAAGCCAAGUAUAAUGCUGCGCAGGCUAGUUACCGGGACAUGAUCAAGGAGACGGGCAAUGAUGAGGGAUUGCCUCUAUUUAUCAAUGAUGCAAACAAGGAUCAAAACCCGUUGCAAACUUUUUCGACUUUCAAGAAGUUGCAGGCUAUCAAGAAGAAGUAUGAUCCGGAUAACUUCUUUGCGGAUUAUACUGGAGGUUGGUCGUUUGCUUGA